AUGCAGAACUCAAAAACCAGUAGGAAUGGCUCUUCAGAUGCUCCGCAGAGGACGUCUCCAGCAACUCCGCGGUCGUCUCGUGUGGCUAAAACUGGAGGGAAUGAAACUGACUCCGCAGGGAUCACACCGACAAGAACACCUACAGAGAGGAGCCCAAAGGUCAUUGAGCGCCGUUCACCACGGAGCCCAGUUACGGAGAAGAAGCGCCCAAGUAGGCUAACUGAGCUGGAGUCUAAGGUCAACCAGCUCCAAGAUGAGCUGAAGAAGACCAAGGAACAGCUGAGCGCAUCAGAGGCACGAAGGCGCCAAGCACAGCAGGAGGCCGAUGAAGCAAAGAAGCAGGGGCAGGAUGCAUCGUCGAAGCUGGAGGAGUCGCAGUGCCAGCUUGUCGAGCUCUCAGCAGCAGAGGAAUCCCGUCUCCAGGAGCUGCGCAAGAUCCAGCAGGAGCGUGACCGCACCUGGCAGGCCGAGCUUGAGGCAUUGCAGAAACAGCAGUCGGUGGAUGCCGCUGCACUCAGCUCGGCCUUGUCUGAGAUCCAGAGGCUGAAGUUGCAGCUGGAGGCGACGGUGCAAUCCGAUACAGCCCGUGCCAAGCAAUGUGAGCAUGCGGACUCUGAGCUCGAGGGGCUGAAGCAGGAGAUGGAGCUCAGGCUUGCAACGAUUGAAGCCCUGAAAGUAAAUGUCAGUGAAAGUGACAAGGCUGCAGCUGAUGCGAAUGCCAUGGCAACUGAGGCCAAGCUGCAGCUUGAGACCGCAAAGGCCACCAUUGACACACUCCUAGCUGAGGGUGUCCGGUUGCAGGAAUGCCUGAGGUCAAAGGACAUAGAACUCAGUGAGUCUAAAGCUCGGGUAGCAUCGCUUGAGGAAGAUCUGAAGAAAGCGCAGGCUGCAGGUAAUGAAAUUCUGAAUGAGGCACAGGCAGGCAAUGCCAAUGGUGGCUUUGGCAGUCCAUUGACUGAAGUUCUGAAAAAGAGCGUGCAUCCCACCAGUGACGUCAAUGGAAGCUGUGGAAGUCCUGACCCAGAGAUUGAGCACUUGCGGAUGGCGCUUGAGGUGGCUGAGAUGAGGUACCAGGAGGAGCAAACUCGGAUGACCUUCGAGACAAAGACCGUCUAUGAGAUGCUGGAGAAUGUGAAGUCCGAGUGCACACGCCAAGUCUGUGAUAUUGAGCUCAAGCUGAAGAGCAAGAACGACGAGCUCAUGUCAGCGCAGGCAGCACUGACAGCCAAGGCGCAGGAGGACCUUCACAGGUCAGACGGGCUGAGUGAAAUGCAGCCGGAGCUGGAGGCGAAGCUGAUGAAGUCGAUCACAGACAUCGCGGAGCUCAAGGCGAACAUGAUGGACAAGGAGAACGCGCUGCAGAGCCUGGCGGAGGAGAGCGAGACUCUCAAGUCGGAGGCGGGCAGGAAGGAGGCCGACGUGCAGCAGCGGUACGAGGCGGCGGUGGCGGAGCUGGAGCUGGCCAAGGCGGCGGAGCAGGACGUGCGGAUGCGGCUCGGGUACGUGACGGAGGAGGCCGACAAGAGCAGCCGGCGCGCCGCCCGGGCCUCGGAGCAGCUGGACGCCGCGCAGGCGGCGAGCGCGGAGGCCGACGCGGAGCUGCGCCGGCUGCGCGUGCAGUCCGACCAGUGGCGCAAGGCCGCGGAGGCCGCUGCCGCCGCGCUCGCGGGCGGUGGUGGCAACAAUGGCGGCCGGAUGGUGGAGAGGACCGGGUCGCUGGACACGGAGUACAACGGGUCCAUCGGCGGGAAGCUGAUGGGGUCGCCGUUCUCGGACGAUGAGUCCCCGAAGCGGCGCAACAGCGGCGUGCUGCGGAGGAUGAGCGGGCUGUGGAAGAAGGGCCCCAAGUGA